GGGGGACCUUCGGGAUAUAGUGAGGGGUGGUGUUUCGUUUUGCGGAACGGCUUCCGUGGCGCUGUUGCCCGUCAUCGGGAUGCCUUAUGGGUAGGCGGGGAUGGGCCAAGAUGAUGACUAUUAGCUUCCAGACCGGGCAAUGGGCUCCGAGCACAGCCGGGGACACUCGGGAGCAUGGUAGUAGGUAGGUGGCCGAUCUUUGCGUUACUACCUACCUAUUUAUCUAGUGCACUAUCGAUCCUCCUCCCCUUCCAUCCCUCAUCUCUGUGCCAUCUCUCUUUCACAUUUUGCUAGCCUCCAUCUCAAGCUGCCAUCCUCUCACAAACCAAGGCCCCCCGUAAAGCCAGGCCACUCAUCCACAACCGCCACAAUGGUCGUCCAGCUGGAGCCCCCGCAGACUGUGGAGUGGCAGGGCAAGCAGGUGCCCGUCUGGGAGAUGGCAACCGUCAACUACGGCGCCAUCCUCUCCCAGGACCCCGAGGAGGUGGAGAAGCUCACCAAGGCCUGCCUUGAGGAGGGCUACUUUUACCUCGACCUCCAAGGCAUCGACGGCCGCAGGAUGCUGGCCGACAAGCAGGACCUGCAGAGUCUCAUGAAGCGCUUCUUUGAUGCCCCGCUUGAGAAGAAGAACGAGUUUGGUCUGAUCUCGUCCCACCUGGGCUACGAGCCUGUGGGUAGCCGCACCGGUGUUGUGCCUGGCGCCAAGGAUGGCUACGAGAUGCUCAAGGUCUCGCGGGACGAGAUCCAGAGGGACAGCCCCAAGAUCCCGUCGCCCGUCAAGAACAGUGACGACAUGAGAAUCCUGGAGAACAACAUUGGUAGCUGCAACACCGUCACCAAGGUGAUCCUGUCGGCUCUGUCGACGGGCAUGAACCUGACCGGGGCUUCUCGGUUCGAGAACUCGCACCGCAACGAGCGCCCCUCGACCACCACCCUUUCCAUGAUGCACUACCUCCCCCAGGUGCAGCUCGCGGGUGACAACAAGAUCGGGCACCAGAAGCACACCGACAUCAGCUCCCUGACGCUCCUCUUCAGCGACCAGUGGGGCCUGCAGGUGCGGCCGCCGGGCACGUGCGGCGCGCGCGAGAUGGGCUUCGUGCGGCCCAAGCCGGGCUGCGCCUUCGUGCACGUGGGCGACAGCCUGCGGUUCGCGAGCGGCAUGAAGUUCCAGUCGUGCAUCCACCGCGUGGUGCCGGGCUUCGACCGGGAGGAGCACCGCUACUCCAUCGCCUACUUCCUGCGCGCCGAGGACGACGCCAUGUUCGUCGACAGCGAGGGCCGCUACGUCACGGCCGGCCAGUGGCACGACGAGAAGUUCAAGGCCUUUACCGACCCGGAGCUGUGGCAGGCCAUGGCCCCCAAGAGCAUGAUCCUGGGCGGCAUGAAGGAGGACGGCGCCGACGACCCUGUCCAGGUCUCGCGUCCCGUGCCUGUUUCGACCCAGCCUGUGGCGCCCGUCGAGGUGGCCAGGGAGACGGCUGUCAACGCCUAAGGUGGGCUUGGGGGGUGGAUUUUCAUGUAUGGGUAUACACACGCACGCUUGAUGGUUGUUAUGAGACUUGCUUCUGUUUGUUUGCUGGGUUUGUAGUUAUGUAACCUCCAUAAAAUGGACACGAAUGUCAUGACA